UUUAUGAUACUUAAGCUACAUUUUGUGCUGUCAUCCGAAGGAUUCGCGCAUCGAGUAUACAAAUAUGGGUAAGUUUAAAAUCAAAUCAUCAGUUUCGCGAAAACCGCUGCAUAAGUUGUCCGUUAAACAACGAAGUAGGGUUAUGUUAGAAGUAAGGAUGCAUUUAAAGUCACAAAAUAUAACUGCCUCUAAUCCGAAAUUUAGUUUUUCUAAUGAUUGUAAUGAUGUUCAAAAUGUUAAUGAUUCAGCUAUUCCGGGAUGUAAUUCUUCUAUCAAAUGUAAUUUGCAAAAUAUUUCAGAUUCGGCUAUUUUAGGACAUAGUUCCACCAACGAUAAUCCUAUUCCAAUUUAUAAUUGUGAUAUUAUGUAUGAUGAAAAUUUUAUUAACGACGAAUCUUCUUCUUCUUCGUGUUCAGAUAUCAAUGAUAUAUCUGUACUUUCCGACAAUGAACCCACCUAUCGCGAACGUCUAGCAUCUUGUUUUGUAAACAACAAUUUUACCCAUGUUCAAGGUAAUAGUAUGUUAUCUCUUCUUCGGACACAUCCUUGCUUCUCCAACUUACCCAAAGAUGUUAGAACACUUGUUAGUACACCACGCAAUAAUGUUGUUUCAAAUGUAGAGCCAGGAGAAUAUAUUCAUUUUGAUUUAGAAGCAAGUUUAAUUGAAUAUGUUUCCAAUUCUUCACUAACAACUACUCUUUCAGAAAUUGUAUUAGAUUUUCAUACAGAUGGGUGUGCAUUAGAUAGAGCAGGAACUAUUCAUCUGUGGCCUAUUCAAUGUAGAAUAAUUAAUAUAGAACAAGCCCAACCGAUAAUAGUCGGUAUAUACAAAGGUUUAGAAAAACCUCGUGAUCCCAAUAGUUUUUUUCAAGCAUUUAUUAAAGACAUCCAAAUCAUCAUAGGCAAUGGUGGUAUUAACUUUAAUGGUAAUAGAAUUCCAAUCCAAUUGAGGUGUUUUAUUGCUGAUGCACCAGCUCGAGCCUUUAUUCUUAAUCAUCGUGGACACAUGUCCAGUAAACCAUGCUCGAAGUGCAAAGUUUCUGGAACCAUUUGUGAAGGUCGUAAUGUCUUCAAUGGGAUAAACCAUUCAUUAAGAACAGAUGAGGAAUAUUUUAGUGUUUUAGACGAAGAUCAUCAUAAAGAGGGUCAAAGCCCAUUAUCAUUGAUCCCUAUAGGAAUAGUUUCGCAAGUACCUUUUGAGUAUAUACAUUUAGUGUGUUUAGGUGUCAUGAAAAAAUUAUUAUCAGCAUGGAUUUCUGGAAGAUAUUCACGUGCAGCAAAACUGUCAGCAAAAUCAAUUAGUGUUAUGUAUACAAGGUUGGAUAUUCUUCGAAAAUAUUGCCCUUCUGAUUUUGCAAGACGUCCCACAUCUCUUCAUUCAUAUUCCAAAUAUAAAGCAACAGAAUUGAGACAAAUUCUGCUUUAUACAGGUCCCAUUAUAAUGUACGGUUUAUUAGAUGAACAAGUUUACAAGCAUUUCUUGUUUUUACAUUCUGCUAUAAGAGUUUUGGUUUCAAAGUCCCCAUCCAAACAACUUCUCACAUUCGCAGAACUUGCACUGCAAAAAUUUCUUCUUCGUUCUUGCAAUCUAUAUGGUGAAACUUUCAAUUCUUACAAUAUACACGGUCUUCUUUAUCUUACCAACGAUGUCCGGCAGUUUGGAAAUUUAGAUUCUUAUUCUGCUUUUCUAUAUGAAAGCAACAUGUCCAUUUUUAGAAAAUAUUGCAGGAAACCAGGCCAGCCGCUUCAACAGUUUGCCAAUAGGAUGAGGGAACUACAAAUACAUGGGACAAACAGGCGUCAGGAAGUUAAUUCAUCUAUUCGCGUUUCCAUGCCACUUAAUAAUGGUGCUGCUUUUCCCCAGUAUCGUAAGAUACAAUUUAACAAAAUAUUGUUGAGUACAGAUAUGCGUGACAGUUGCUGCAUGUUACAUGAUGGGGCUAUAUGUAUUGUUUGUAAUAUUUUCACUCACAAUUCCGAUUAUUUCUUGGGAAUUAGAAAGUUUUUGACUGUAGAAAUUUUUUACGAUAUUGGCAUACCAUCCUCAUCUGUUCAAGUUGUGAAAUGUACUAACUUAUGCAGCGAUGUUAUUAAUAUAAAUGUAAAUGAAGUUCAAGCCAAAUGUUUUAGAAUGCCAUUUUGGAACUAUAGUUUAUCAGAUGAUAGUGAUAAUGAUGAUAAUGAAAACUUUUUAUUUUCCGAAAUUAACACUUAUAUUGUUGCUACAUUAAUCCAUUGGGAAUAUAGUUCUUUAUAAUGUUUUAAAUAAACUUUUUGAAGUCAACAAUUUUUUUAAUGAGUGGA